AUGUUUUCAACGCGUAAUGGAAUUGUUUUUAAUAAUAUAAUUCAAUCCCUUGACUUGUCCAAAGAUGAGAAACGUAUUAAGGCAAAGGCAACCGAAAUUUCGAGUCAAAUGGAUGUAAAGAUUGGAAGUGCACCAGGUUUUAAGGAUUGGACAAUAUGCAAGCCUAUCUACGCAGUUCAUAUCGCACUUCGUAUCCCAUUCGACCGAAAAAGACCGCUGAAAUUGGCAAACACCACUGAACAGAAUUAUCAUUCUUCACUUUCUUACAUCAGAAAAAGAUUGGAAAUCCCUUCUUUGAUAAGUUUUGAUUCACUUGCUACAAGAUUCGGAUGUCCCAAAAUUAUCCCUUACGUUGAAACAAUGUUUGAAAUUUUCAAAGAGGAAUGGGUUAAGGAUCUAAGCGCAGCGAAUAUUAAAGAAAUUGAUUGGAAUGAUGAUAUUUAUAAGGUGGCAGUAUUUGGGUGUUGUUGCAAAGUUUUUGGGGCUCAAAGUCGAAUCAGUCAGCAGCUAAUAAAUUCACCUGAUAUUUCCAUAUCACGCCUUGCGUUUCAAAAUAUGACGCGACUCAUUGAGAAAUAUUGUAAAUCUUAUAUCAACGAACUUAAGUCUCAAAUUAAAAAUGAAGGUCUCAUGACAUUUAUGAUAUCUCCAGUGAAGGGGAAUAGUUAUAUAAAUGAGGUUAGCGAAGGAAGAAGUGGAACGAUGGUAUGUGGAUCGGUACUUAAUAAAUAUUUGUUUGUAUACAUGUAUAUUAAUGACGUACUUCGUUAUUAA